AAUUUAAGUGCUUACAAUGGGUGCAAAAGUGUCUAGAAAUGAUUUUGAGUGGGUAUACACAGAGGAACCGCAUGCGAGCCGCCGGAAGAUCAUCCUAGAAAAAUAUCCUGAAAUAAAGCAGUUGUUCGGUUACGAUCCACUGUUCAAAUGGGUGGUGACGGGGAUGGUGAUCAUACAAUUAGUCAUGAUGCCGAUCGUGCAAAAUCUCAGCUGGCCAAUGUUGCUGCUUGUCGCCUAUUGCUUCGGCGGAGUUAUCAACCAUUCACUUAUGUUAGCGAUACACGAAAUAGCGCAUAACCUCGCCUUCGGUCACUGUCGGCCAUUACACAAUAGGUUGUUUGGUUUCUUCGCCAACUUACCGAUUGGUAUACCAGUAUCAAUAAGCUUCAAGAAGUAUCAUUUAGAACAUCACAGGUAUCAAGGUGACGAAGUAAUAGACACCGACCUCCCGACCCUUCUAGAAGCAAAGCUCUUCUGCACAACGGGCGGGAAACUGCUGUGGCUGUUCUUGCAGCCGUUCUUCUACGCACUGCGCCCUCUGGUAGUGCGACCCAAACCACCGUCCCCUAUGGAAGUUAUCAACUUAAUUAUACAACUGUUUUUCGAUGCUAUCGUAGUUAAUUUAUACGGCUGGAAGGUGCUAGUAUACCUAGUGCUAGGAUCUCUGUUGGCGAUGGGAGUGCAUCCAGUAGCAGGGCACUUCGUAUCUGAACACUAUAUGUUCCGUAAAGGCUUCGAGACCUAUUCAUACUACGGACCACUGAACUGGAUAACUUUCAACGUGGGAUACCACAACGAACAUCAUGACUUCCCAGCGGUGCCUGGUAGAAGGCUACCCGAGGUGAAACGAAUAGCGUCAGAGUUCUACGACAAUCUACCUCAACACAACAGUUGGUCGAGUGUACUAUACGACUUCGUAAUGGACCCAGAGAUUGGACCGUACGCGAGAAUCAAGCGCAAACAUCACGGUCUAGACAGCUAGGUGUAACUGUAGAGUAUAGAGAAAAACUAGUACGUAGUUAGCCGUCGAUUUAUUAUUGCAUUUUAUAUGAUGAAAUACAAAUACAUUAUACUGGAACUAUAAUAAUGGGGCUUAAUCAUGUAUCUAACAAUUUUCACUUAUAUCAAAGGAGCGACUCGCCCAUCUACGCAGGGCUAUUUAAAUUAAUGUACAUAAAAUAUCGUUACAAUUUUCUUGAGAUUAUCGCGAGCAUAGAGACAGAUGCAUGUAGACUUGUUUUUCUUUAUAAUAUGUAUAGAUUAAAAUCAACAAUUUUACGAUUAUGUAUGGACCAUUUCACAGUUUCAAUUGCGAGCCAUUAGCUUGUAACUGUAGUUCAUAUAAAAUCUAAAUUUUUAAAUCAAUUGAGAAGAGAUAAUGAUGAAAUUAUCCAUUAUGGUUAUUAAAUAGCUUUUUACAUUUUUCUCCUAAAGACAUUGUUGGACAUUUCCAUUUAUAUAUUCCAUUGUUAUUUAAAAAGUCGCCCCGGGUCCAAUUGAUUUUGUUCAUUA